AUUCCAGUUACUAGUCUGGCUGCCUGCGACGUUGCCACCAGCGGGAGCACCAAGCGGGUGGGCUCGGGCGAACCCGUCGCUGGCGGUGGAAACCGAGUCCGUGUGACCGGCCUAGAUGUUGCCGCCGUUCUUCCCUUCCCGGCCACUGUCAGGCUAGACUUAUUACAACAGAAUCCGUUUCGGCCUAGAUUAGAUGUCCUCUAUUCUCUCGUAAUCUCGUUUAUGCAUCAAAUCCCAUUGCCGAAACGGAUUCGGUGUCCACUUCCUUCCCUUCUGGUACUUUGGCUCCUUUGUGCCUCUGUUCGUCUUUGGCAAAGGAAAGGACACUCGGAAUUGGACGCCUCUGAUGUCGAUUCGGAGUUCGGACCUGCUGGAACCGCCCCCCAUAAAAGGCGAGGCCGACGGGCACGCCCUGCUCCACCAAACCAGAGCAUCAGCGAUCGCACUCGACGCGACAGCAGCCAUGGGACGGCGAACGUCGGUGGUGCUGGCUCUGUUGGUGAUCGCGCUGUCGCUGCUGCUACUGCUGCCAUCUGCCGCCGCCGCCGCCGUAGCGAAAGCCAUCGACGCGAGCAAAGUCCAGCGGCUGGAGCUGCCCGACUCUCUGGUCGGCCCGGAGAGCGUGGCGUUCGACGGGCGCGGCGCCGGGCCCUACGUCAGCGUCGCGGACGGCCGCGUCCUCCGGUGGGGCGGCAGCGGCAACGGCUCCGGCUCCGGCUGGACGACGUACACGUACAGCCCGAGCUACGCCAAGAACGGGUGCGCGGCGCCGUCGGAGAUCCCGCCCGUGGCCACGGAGAGCUCGUGCGGGCGGCCGCUGGGCCUGCGGUUCCACCGCCGCUCCGGCACGCUCUACGUCGCCGACGCGUACAUGGGGCUGAUGAAGGUGGGUCCCGGCGGCGGGGAGGCGACGGUGCUCGCGACGGAGGCCGGCGGGGAGCCGCUGCGCUUCACGAACGGGGUGGACGUGGACCAGCGCACGGGGGAGGUCUACUUCACCGACAGCAGCAGCACGUACCGGCGGUCGCAGCACCAGAUGGUGACGGCGACGGGGGACUCGACGGGGCGAAUCAUGAGGUACGACCCGGGGACCGGACAGGUGGCGGUGCUCGCUUCCGGCGUGACGUACCCGAACGGCGUCGCCGUCAGCGCCGACGGGACCCACCUCGUCGUCGCGCUCACGGGGCCCUGCAAGCUGCUCAGGUACUGGCUCCGGGGCGCCAAGGCCGGAACGUCCGAGACGCUCGCUGACCUGCCGGGGUACCCGGACAACGUGAGGCCCGACGGGAAGGGAGGGUACUGGGUGGCGCUCCACCGGGAGAAGAACGAGUUGCCGUUCGGCGGCGUGAACUCGCACCUGGUCGGUGUGAGGAUUGGCGCCGACGGCGAGACGCUGCAGGAGAUGAAGGGACCCAAGAACGUCAGGCCCACGGAGCUGGUGGAACGAAAAGGCGGCAAAAUAUAUAUGGGGUCUGUUGAGUUGUCGUAUGUUGGCAUUGUUAGCCCUUAGAUUGCUAGAGAUACUAUUCAAUAUUCUGGAUGCAUUAGACAUGGUUUUUAUUGGAAUUUUGGUGUUGAUAUUUUUGUAAACAUGGUGGUUCUGUUAUAAAAAUUUUAAGUUGAAUGAAUAUAAUGCUCGUG